UAAUAAUAAAAAUAAAAAUGAAUGAAACAAAUUAACUGAAAAUUGUUGUGUAUCAAAGAGAAACAAACUCUCAUUUGGUCUGAGUUUUGGACUGUUGGGUAGCAGGUUAAAUUGUCUUGGUAUCGGAGCAAAACACUGAAAAAAAUAAUUUGUAAACAUGCCCCCGUAAAAAUGGAUCUUUGUAAUGCAUGCGAGAAAGGUGAUUUGGAAGGUGUGAUCAAAAGUUUACAAGCUAACUUGGAGAGUAUCAAUAAAUUGGUUGGAAAACACAGAGUUCAAUGCACCGCACUGCAUUAUGCAGCUCAGUAUGGACAUUUGGAUAUUGUAAAAGAAUUACUUGCUUAUGGUGCAGAUGCAAAUAAACGAAACAGUGAUGGACGAUUGCCAUUACAUGAUGCAUGCAUUGGAUGGCCGGAUGUUGUACAAUAUUUAGUUGCAUUUACUGAUGACAUAAAUUGUUUGGAUAACCAAGGUCAAUCAUGCGCUCAUGUUGCUUCAUUCCAUGGCGAAUUGAGGUGUUUAAAAAUUCUACUGCACAAUGGCGCUGAUAUUGGACUCGUCGAUGGAAACCAUAGAUCAUGUUUAGAUCUAGCUGUCAUGUCAGACCAUAGCGAUGUGGCGAAUUUGCUGUUACAGAAGCAGCCAACUUUGCUUUCAAAAACUGACAAAGAAGGACGUUCAGCUAUUCAUCUUGCCGCUCAAACCGGCGCCGUCAAUUGUCUCAAAUGUUUUUAUAGAAAAAAUACCGACAUUCGAUGUUGUGACGCUAAAGGAGUGACGCCUGUCCACGUAGCAGCUAAACAUGGUAUGGUGUCUUGUGUGAAGUUUUUGUUGCAAUCUGGUUGCAUGGUAACUGAUACAGACAAACAUGGUCGCACUGUUGCACAUUUCGCAGCUGCAUCAGGAUUUGUCGACUGUCUGCAUUGGAUUUUGGAAAACAACGCAGAUGUUGACAGAGUUGACGAUUCAGGCAAUACAAUUGCUCAUUACGCCUGCAUGUAUGCCAAGUCAGCAGAAAUCAUAAACUGCUUACGUCAGCACGACGUCGACUUUGACGCUGUCAACAAAAAGAACGAUACCCCCUUCCACUGCGCAAGAGCAGCUGGAUUUCCUGUGGCUUUUCAGAAGGGUUUGACUGGUGAAAUUACCUGCCCUAAUUGUGUCAACAAGGCGAAAAAAAUCGCCUACGAUGAAGCGCACAAACCCUCCAUUGUAGAGGAAAAAAUCACACUUCAACAAUCAUCGUUAUUCGGUGUAAAUAGUGCUCCUAAACCACCAAAAAAUACCUCACAAAAGAAUGCGAAGCAGCUUAUAAAGACGGAGCGGAGUCUGGCUGGUAAGUACUACGGUAAAGAGAUAUUUGAUGUACCAGCUGGCUUGGACUUGGGGAAAAAAUAAGUAUUCUGUGAUUGGGAGUAAGAAGUAUCUGCGAUGAAGAGUGAUAUGCUCAAAUGGAUACAACUUUUAUAAUAUUUAUUCUUUCAGAAUGGGGGCGUUUAUUUUAUCAUAGAUUUCUAUUCUAGCUUUUACGGCAUCCUAUUGUUAAUUCUAAAUUCUAUUUACUGAUGGACACUCGAGUGCCCAUUUCUUUCUUCCAAUCUCCUGAGUUUCAAGUUCAGUGGUUGUAAAAAUCGCAGAUUGUGAACAGUUGAAUAAGCAAGACAAGUACUUGUUUCUGGGAAUAAGCAAGACAAACACUUGCUUCGCAGUAAUGUGCAGUAGUUUAACUACAACCACAGUACACUGUUCAUUGUCUUUACUUUUCGUGACAAGGAAUAAGAAACCAAGAGAGUACAAAAAUACAUAUCCUAAUCAAGUUUGAUUCUGCCUAUCUCGUAUCAGUUCGGCCCUGCGUUUGUCUUUUUGUUUCGAGAUUUUAAUCUUAUUAAAGAGAGCUCUUAAAUUAAUCCUUCCAAAACGUCUCAUUUAUCUGAUAUGAUGGAUGAAGUUUCGAGAUGAUUUUUGGCUGCCAUAUUGUAAAAAGAUUGUUUUCGCGCUCUGACGACUAAAAAAGGACUUAUACGGCAGCCGAGAGGAUCGUAAUUAAUGUAUGCUAUUUAUAAUUAAUUGUAAAUUAUGUAAAUUAUUCCAUGAUUUUUACAAGUUGUAUCAAUAUAUGUUAAUUUAUUUAAACUUGGAACGACA